AUGUUAUGUUAUUGGAAGAUUAAGUAGAGAUAAGAGAGUUUUAAAAUUAAGUAUUAGGUUAUUUGUCAAUAGAUGGGGUAUAUAAAAGAAGUAUAAGAUAUCAGAAGAUGGAGAUAAAGAGAGAAGAAUGGAUUUGAGAGAUAUAUUGGUAUAUUCAAUAUGAUGUAAAGAUAUCGAUGAUUGUAAAAGUAUGAAUAAUAAUUAAAAUGAAGUUGGUGUUCUUAUAGCAGACGAAUCAUAUUUUUUAAGACUAUAUAUAGCAAUAGAUGAGAAGCUGCUCAUAGAUGCACAACAGAAUAUUUAGUAGAUAGAAGGACAGAUAUGUUACCAAAAGUAUUAAAAGAGAAUUUAUGUUCAUUAUUUUGUAAUAUAGAUAGAUUAUCAUUUACAGUUAUAUGGAUAAUGGAUGAAAAUGCUAAUAUAAAGGAUGUAAAAUUCAGUAAGAGUAUUAUUAGAUCUGUUGCAUCUUUACAUUAUUAAUAAGCUAAAGAAAUAAUUGAAAAUAUUAAUGAUAAUAGUCAAUUAAUUUAGAGCAUAAGAUCUUUGUAUGUGUUAGCUAAGAAAUAGAAAUAAUAAAGAUUAGAUUAAGGAACAUUAUCAUUAGCUAAUAAUUAAGUUAAAUUUUAAUUUUGAUGAUGAAAUUCAUAAUCCAAGUGAUGAACGUAUGUAUUAAUUGUAUGAUACGAAUUCUCUUGUUGAAGAGUUUAUGCUUUUAGCUAAUUGUUGA